AUCAACGUAAGCAGUGACGACAGAUGCCUAAUGCAUUAUCUUCACGGCAAGGUAAAAGACUGGCUCAAUGGCUACUGACCACCACUCGUUUUUAUACGCUCAUCCUGCACGAUUAAUACUACGGAAGAACCUGCAUUGUUUGGUCGCCUGGCGUCUGCCAUCUCCAAGAGCUUCCGAAUGGGGUCGCAGUCUCAGGACUUACACAUACUGUUCUUCCCCUUCUUGGCCCCGGGCCACAGCAUCCCCAUGGUUGACAUGGCUAAGCUCUUCUCCUCUCGUGGAGUCAAGUCCACCAUCCUCACCACCACCGCCAACGCCCCCCUCGUACAGCCUACCGUCGACCGGGCCAACCAGUCCGGCCAUCGCCACCCCAUCACCACAUCCGUCAUCCGCUUCCCUGCGGCAGCGGCCGGCCUCCCCGACGGCUGCGAGAACGUCACCCAUGUCACCACCCAGGAAGGAAAACUCAAGUUCCUCCAGGCCGUCGCCAUGCUCCGCCAGCCCUUUGAACAAGCCCUCAGACGUCAUAACCCCGACGCCGUCAUCACCGACUUCUUCUUGCCGUGGACCGUCGACGUGACGCUGGAACUCGGCCUGCCGUGUCUCGUGUUUCAAGGCACCAGCUUAUUCGCGCAAUGCGCGUACCAAAGCAUCAAACGCCACAAGCCGCUGGAAUCUCUCCCGAGCGACGCGGAGUCCUUCGUCGUGCCCGGCCUCCCCCACCGCAUCGAGAUGCUGAGGUCGCAACAGGGGGGCUCUAGUGAGGCGCCGUGGGUGCUGGAAUUUUACCGCCAAGUCGGGGAGGCCGUGCACAAGAGCUACGGCGUGAUGGUGAAUAGCUUUCAGGAGCUGGAGCCCGAGUACGCGGAGCACUACCGGAACGUGGAAGGUAAGAAGGCAUGGCACGUCGGGCCCGUCUCUCUCUGCAACAAGGAUGUGCUGGAGAAGUUCGAGAGGGGAGACGAGACUUCCAUCGACUUCAAUAAGUGCAUGGAUUGGCUCGACGCUAAAGCCCGCGGCUCGGUUAUAUACGUCUGUUUCGGAAGCAUCAGCCAGUUUUCCACGGCUCAGCUAAGGGAAAUAGCGAUCGGUCUCGAGGCCGCCGACAAACCAUUCGUCUGGGUUGUCCGAGAAGUCGGCGGGGAUGGAGCAGAGUGGCUGCCGGAAGGGUACGAGGAGCGGGUGGUGGGAGCAGGGAAGGGGCUGAUCAUAAGAGGCUGGGCGCCCCAAACCCUGAUCUUGGACCAUCCCGCGGUGGGGGGAUUCCUGACGCACUGCGGAUGGAACUCUUGCCUAGAGAGCGUCAGCGCGGGCGUCCCCAUGGCCACUUGGCCGCUCUUCGCUGAGCAAUUCUAUAACGAGAAGCUGAUCGUGGAGGUGCUGGGGAUCGGAAUCGGCGUUGGGGUUAAGGAGUACGCGGCGAGGGAGCACGAACAAAAGAGGAAGGUGGUGAUGGCGGAGGCUAUCGCUAAGACGGUGGCGAGGCUGAUGGGCGGAGGGGAGGAAGCAGAGGGCAUGAGGAGGAGGGCGAGGGAGCUCGGUGAGAUGGCGGCCAAGGCCGUGGAGGUUGGUGGGUCUUCUUAUGUGCAGAUGGGCGAUCUCAUCGAGGAGUUGAUCGAUCGAAGGAACGCAGAAGGGCUCUAAAACACGUUUGAAGCCAUGCUUUCGAACAGAGAUCAUCGAUGGGUGCUUUUACAAUAUAUUUUAGGAAAUAAAAUGCCUUUUAUUUCUCAAA